UCGAUACGCGAGAGUAUCGCCGACUUGGAUUUGUGGAGCCACGCGCCAACGCUAUACGCAUGGAACCUCUCCCACGUGCUCCACGCUCUCCGUUUCGUUGGGAUUGACAUCGGCGGCGUCAACUGGCGUCGUGCACGUUAUACCUAGUAGGCCAGAGCGACAACUUUCCCCCUCAUCGUCAAUCAGUACUGUGAGAAAUCGUGAACGAAGCAGUUUGGUCACGUCUCCAUUGGAGCUCGCUCGUUCGUUUGUUCGCCUGCUUCGAUCGGUUCGGUCCGUGUUUAUUGCUUGUGAGUGUGUUCAAUUUCUGCCGUCAUCGAAGGUGCAAACACCUGAUCAGCCCCCGUCUCUAGUAGCAACUGCUUUCAGAGUUAUAUUGAACUACUCAUCGGUCGCGACACACAGCUAAUUGAAUCAUCAUCUCAGCAAGCGUGGAUCGUAAAGAAUGAACCCCAAUUUCCAUCGAACCCAGUAUUUUGUGAUAAACCGUGCUUAGAUGGUGUGUACAUAUAAUUUAUUAACCUGCGGUCAUUCCAGCAAACCACCAAAGUGCAAUACAUAACCUCGGAACAACCUUGCUGCGCGCAGCUGUCGAAGAAACAAAAGUGAAAACACCAGAACGGAUCAAAGGAAGCUACACGUGUGCGUGGUGCGAACGAAACCUACUAGAGUGCUUGCCGUUCAUGAAAUGUCUAUCGGCGGUUGUUGUUGUUGUUGUUUUCGUUCGUGAACUGUGUUGAAGAGAAAAGGCCAACGCCGAAGAUAACUAGUGGAAAUUGUCAGUGCAAUUUGAAAUUAGGGCGAAGUGUAACAGCGGGAGAAGCUCGACAUACGGAUAGUGGAGUCAAAGGUGAUCAGGUGGUAAAGAAACAGUAAAGCACACACACAAUGGAGUUCCGAUUCAACUGUCAUCCGUUGUUCCGGCAGCGCAUCGUGCGGAUUAAUAACUCACUCCUGCCGACCGGAUUCGUGGCACAGCACCGGAGAGAAGCACUAAUAUGCAGCCCUAGAAAGUUGUCAAGAAAUGCAUCCUCGGGAAUAUUCCGGCCUCCUGUCAAGAAUAAGCAAGACAUCGCAAGCGAUGCCACCGCACAAAUCUCCGAAAUCAUCAACUUUGUCGGACAGUUGUCCGCACAAGCACAAGGGCUGUCGAAUCCGGUGACCACGUCACAGAAGCUGCGAAAUUCCGACCACCACAUCUACCUGAUGUUCGAAUCCAACCAGAAACACGGGCUGGUCGUUGGCAUUCUCAAAGUUGGCCGCAAAUCCCUGUACGUGUUUGACCAGAACGGCGAGACGGUGAAUGUGACGGCGCCCUGCGUGCUAGACUUCUACGUGCACGAGUCGCGACAACGUGGCGGAUUGGGCCGGGAGCUGUUCGACCACAUGCUCAAAGAGGAAAACAUCCACCCGGAGGAGAUGGCCAUCGAUCGACCGUCGGAGAAACUUCUCGGAUUCCUGCAGAAGCAUUAUGGACUCUACAAGAAGAUACCGCAAAUGAACAAUUUCGUGGUGUACGAAGGUUUCUUUGCAAACAAUCACCACGCCUCGGACAUCGAUGGACGUCGUAUGCACAUCACCGCCAGUCCUAACACGAACCUCUUCGGGCCCACCUUCACCACCGUCGGGGAUCAGCGGAGGUCCAGCUCGCAGACGCGUCAACCGGUCGUAUCCCCGCCAGUCGUCCAGCAACCCCCGGUGGGUCGCUAUGCGGCAAAACGACCAUCCUGCAGUAUGGCACAGAUAAUUCACAACAGCCCCACGACAGUAUCAACGGAGCCCAAUAGCACUUCUUCUUCCACUAACAACCAUCAUGCGCCUCCAGCUGCUUCCACUAACAAUAAUGACUACGAAAACCAUCAUCACGAUCAUGAUCACCUUCAUCACGAUUCGAACGAGUUUGACCAGCACCAGCAGGAGGCGGACCCGGAACCACAACCCGGCAGCAAUGGCGACGGUGUUGCUGAGGAGGUCCUAACUGCCAACUUGCGAAAUUUGUCCAUGUCGGAACCGACCAGCGACUACAUUGACUAUCAUCCCAAUCACCAUCAUCAGCUUCAACAGCAACAGCAACACCAACAGCAGGUGAAGUUUGCCGAUGACUACGCAGACAUUCCGGAACCGGAGGCCGAUCCGGAUCCGUACAGCUUCCAUCCGCACCAUCUUGAGCUAUCGCCGCAGCAGCAAUCUCACCACCAGGACAUGAUGACUAAUCGUGAAAAUUCUGCUUCUCCUCAAUCGAUCAGCCAGCAGCAGACGCCGGAACAUCUGGGAUUCAAGAAACCGAUCCGUUACACCAAACAGCAUACUGGCCUGAAGAACAUGUCCUCCGGUGUGGGUGCCGCUGUGAUGCCUUCGGGCAAGAUGGAAUUCGACCAGGAAGAGAACGAAGGAUUCGGAUCGGUGAAGAUCAACCGACCGAUCGGGAAAUCCGGCACUCGGAACAGUCUGUCCGGCGAUAACGAUAACGAGUCGGUCCACUCGAAGGGUUCCGACAGUAGCCAUCUGACCGAUCAUGGCCAUUUCGAUCUCAAAUUCUACCAUAACAAGUUGUGGUAAGAAUCAGGUGUUUGAUGCAUUUAAAAAGUUCAUUAUUCUGUAACAUACCGGAAAAACUGAUCUCCUAUCCAAUACCUGACGCUAAGAAUCAUAUUUCACUGAUGAUGAUGACGGAGGAGGCCGCAUGAUCUCUUUUGUAGUCAGAAGUAGCAUAUCUCUCGCAGUUGGAAACCGAAAACCUGAAAUAAGUCGCUAAUCGUAUUGUUGUGUAGACAUCGUCGCUUGUUGUACGUAGAUAAAUUGUUUAGUUACCGGCAAUUCAGGAAGUUUUAUUUGAGUCUUGUUUCGUGUUAUAACAUAAACCAUUUAUUUUGUUGGUUUCUGAUGAUCUGUUGCAGAAACAUUCAGGAGGAUUUUCUUAAGGAUUACAUCAUUCACUGAGAGGACAUGUCGUUGAAAAGUUCACCCGAAAUACUAUUAGUUCUACUGAUUGAUAAUAUGAAACGAUUAUUACCUAAGACGUAAGAGACAGAACAAAUCUGAAUGUGCAAUUUAAAAUAACCAUUCCAUUUCGCUAUCAUAGAUUACUAGAGAGAAGACUACAGACACUGUGUUAGAUUCCUGAGUCUAAUAAAGGUUCAUACAAGAUCGUUUAAAACCCGACAGUAAUUGUUUGAGUACAUAGAAAAACAAAUAAAACUCGUGCAAAUAUAUAGUACUAGAGCAGAAAACCAAAGAAACAAUUUAAUCGAUAUGUAACUUGUCCUGUAUACAGUGCAAAUAUAAUAUUAUACCACAUAAAUGAAUAAGAUAACAUUCAAUCUUAAUACGUCGGAGUAACUCCA